AUGUCUAUUCCAAAGAACCUAGCUGCUUGGCUCACCAAAGCUGGCUCUCCACUACAGGUGGAUGAUGCCCCGUUGCCCACAGCUAGUCCAGGAGAACUCGUCAUCAAAAACGCUGCGAUUGCCAUUAACCCCCUCGACUGUCACAUGCAAGAUGCCGGGGUCUUUGUGAAGCAAUGGCCCGCUAUAUUCGGCUGCGAUAUCGCCGGUGAGGUGUAUGAAGUGGGAAAGGAUGUCGAACGAUUUGAGAAAGGGAAUCGUGUAAUUGGACAUGCUAUCAAUCUGACUAGUGGGCGCUCCGAGGACGGUGCAUUCGCUCUCUAUACGGUAAUUCCUGCGAACAAAGCAGCCAUACUUCCCGAUGAAAUAUCUUUCACGGAUGGUGUUGUGGUCCCGUUCGCAUUGGAGGCAGCUGUCUGCGUGCUUUCCCUCAAGGAGUCUGGCUUCGCCAUGCCCGGUGUAAACACACCGGCACUGGGCCUUCCAUACCCCUCCCUGGAGGAAGCGCCACCCACCGGCAAGACGCUUGUGAUAUAUGGUGGCUCAUCCUCCGUUGGCUCGAUGACGACCCAGAUUGCUACAGCAGCCGGACUUCACGUCAUUACCAUUGCCGGGGCACACAAUUUUGAAUUCAGCAAGCAGUGCGGCGCUGCUGAAGUAUUCGAUCGCAAUGAUACUUCACUUGUCGACAAGGUUACCGACGCAGUUCGAAAGAACGGUGGCGAGUUUGUUGGCAUCUUUGAUGCCAUAGGUACUCCCGAGACUUACGCUCACGACAUCACCAUUCUUGAUCAGUUGGGUGGAGGACAUCUUGCAUCCGUGCAUCCUCCUCCUCCUGCUACUAAUCUCCCGGCGAAGGUCAAUGCCGGUAUGAUCUUUGCUGUCAAUGAUAUUGCGACGCCUGUCUGGGAGGAUUAUGUUACACCUGCCUUGCAAUCUGGAAAGCUCCAGUGCCUCCCACCUCCGCUUGUCGUCGGUAAGGGUUUGGAACAUAUUCAAUCUGCGUUGGAAAAGUGCAAGGCAGGUGUCAGCGCCACAAAGCUGGUGGUGGAGCUGUAA